AUGGCUGAACCUCAGAGAGAUGAUGACUACUACUACGGUUACCAGCAGCAACCAAUAUCAUACACCACCCAAACUCAAACAAGAACAAGAAAAGGAAUUAAGUUUAACCCUUCAACUUCACAAAUUAUAGUACUCGCCACUCUUGUUCCUUUUGGAGCUACUCUUCUCAUCCUGGCCGGUCUAACACUCACUGCCACUGUCAUUGGCCUCGCCAUCACCACUCCUCUGUUUAUUUUUUUCAGUCCGGUGUUGUUUGCGGCCGCAGUUGUCAUUGGUUUCGCCAUUGCCGGAUUUUUGACAUCCGGUGCGUUUAGUAUUACUUCACUCUCUUCGUUUGCUUGGGUUGCUUCUUAUCUCCGUCGCACACGGUUUUUUGAUCAGCUUAAAAUUAAGCAUAAUCAAAAGCUCGGUCGUUUAGAAGUUGAUGAUAAUCUGGGCCAGCAGGCCCAAAUUAAUAUUAAUCAGGCCCAGAUAAUUGAGGAUGUGAGUAACCGUGUUGAAAGUAAAGCCCAAUAUAAGGUUCAGGAGGCCCAGAGUGAUCAACGUCCAGUAGGAAAAACCCGAAAAGAAACAGUGAAAUCGUCGUGA